AUGCGAGUUUGUCAUGGGUUGGCAGGAGAAGCCGUUGACGUCGAGGAUGCCGAGUACCGCAAGCCGCUGGACUUGGUCAGGCAGCUGGCCCGGGAUCGCUGGCAUCUCUCCGAGGACCUGAUCGUUCUCACCAGCGGCGGAGGAACCUUGAGUGAUCACUCGCGCAGCGAGGAUGUGAGGGGCGAUGUGUUUUUCUUCCUGCAGAAAUGCCUGGAGUCAGAGGUCGACGUCGUGCCAGCGCGGCUGGAUCCUGCCGAUCCGACUUUAGCGGCAUUUGGUGGCGGCGAGGAGCUAGACGAAGUGGUUGGCCAGCGAUGUGUAGACGUCAUCGAUCCCGCGUUUGAGGCCUUCCGCGGCAACAUUGCCGAGGCGCGGGCACGGAUCGCGGAGUCCAGACCCGUCGCCUCCUUGGCCCUGCGUUGCGAAGAGCGGGUGCACGUGCAGCGCCUCGCAGCCCGGGCGGUGCUGGACAACCUGACGAGCCACCGCUCUGCGUGCAGUCGUUCCAUGUCCCUGCUCGCGCAGAAGUCCAGUCGGGUCCAGACAAAGCUGAGCGACAGCUUGGACAAGGUGGAGGUGUCCAUGAAGGCUUUGGAAUCUGUUGGCCUUCAUGCGGCCUUGCAAACGCAGGGCCGCACUACGUUAGCAGACGUGAUGCCGCGCGAGCGGAUCCGACGCUUCACUGAAGCGCUCGAGGCGGAGAGGGCCCAGCUGAUCCAGAGACUGGAAAAACUCCAGCGUCAGGACAGCCAACUGCAGGCUCUUUGUGAUCAAGUGGCAGAGCGCGUGGAGCAGUUAAUUCUGGAAGACAGUGUUGGUGUUGAAGCCAAAGCGAUACUGGAGGAACAGGGGCGUGCGCAGCGCGAGCUGCUGCCGGAGCUGCGAGCACUGGUUCCAUCUGCGGGCGCGGCGCCUUCGACAGUGUUAGAGGACGAAAAGCGUUCAGCACUUGUUCUUGAUAGUGUUAAAACCGCGUGCGCCAAUGUGCGCUCAUCACUAGACCAGCUGCAAAGCUGCUGGGAUCGUCAACAUCAAACUUUCGUACAGAGACUCCGAGAAGUGGCUUACGUACAAUCCAAGGUACGGUAUGUGGAGAGGCAGGCCGCGCUGUUGGAGGAGGAAGUCAAUGCACAGUCCAACAACUCUCAGCAGCUGAAUCGAUUGCAAAAAAUGCCACGGGCGUACAACAGCACGCUCCGAGAAGUAGCCCUGAGACGACAGUUUCGAGCUCGUUACCUUGCCCAGUGUGAAAAAGCCCUCACCACACUUUCAAGGAUGGUGGAAGUGGAGAACAGCAGGUCUCCCGGGCUAGAGCUGGAUGCGUUUGCAAAGAGCUG